CUGUCAGACGGUGUCAAGUGUCAAGUGAGGUUUUUUAAUUGUCAUCAAUAAAAUAUUAACAAUUGCUAAAUGUAAGAAAAUUCUUAAAAACUCAAAGGUUUCCGCAAAUUUCGGAGAAAUAAGAAAGAAAUUCUAAAAUAUGAAGUCGUCAAAGAUGGAAAGAUUUCUGCCAAAUGAGUGCUACAUUUGUAAAUCGAGGGACAAUUUAAAAAGAUGUGAAUGCAACAUGAUUUCUUAUUGUUCUGAGGAUCAUCGAUUAAAACAUUCACCAGUUCACGAAAGUUUUUGCAAAGUAAUUAAGGAAUUAUUAAAAGAGAAAAAAGUGGCACAUAUUUAUGAAGAGCUUACAAAUGUGGGUGGCUCCCUUUGGACGAUGAAACAAGAUGAAAUUUAUCAAGAAAUAGAAAAGAAAUUGGAAAGAAAUUUUAGUCCAUUAGAAAAUUUUAUGUUUGACCGUCCGCGAAACUGUUUCGAUUGUUCUAAUACACAACAUGAAGAUUUAAACAAUUGUCCCCAUUGUGCACUGGCAAGUUUUUGUAAAAAUCAUUCUCAAGAUAAACUUCAUAGUAUAAAUUGUAAAGUGAUGAAUCAAUAUUUGAAAAUUCUUAACGCAGCAGAGGAAUUUAAUAUUGACUUGGAAUUUCUGUCUCCUACUUUUCCGUGUAUUACGGAAGAAAAAGUAAAUCAAGUUAUGGACUCACUUACACUCACAUAUCAUACAAUGGACAUGGAGGAAAAUUGUUUGAAAUCGAGAUUAUUGAAAAAGGACCUUAUUAACUUUAUGGACGUAGCUUCGAAAAUUAAUAGGGCUUCACAAAAACUAUACGAAACGAUUACAGAAGAACUGAUAAUUCAUAUCGAUGCCCUUUCCUACGAACACGCAAUUACAAAAGAAAAUUAUUGGGAAUUUCUCUUGCAUCUCAAUCCGCAGAUGAAAAAGUUAAAAAUUCUCAUCACUGCAACUAAAAAUCUGGACAAUUUGGAGACGUCUCUUUGUCAAAAUUGUCAUUUAGAGGAAAAAGAAUUAAUUGUUGAAUAUUCGUCAAAAACUUACGACGAUUACAUGCUAGAUGAAAAUUAUCAAAAACCGGACAUUCUGUUUUAUGUUCAAAUUAAUGAUGAAUGUAAUUCCGAAAGAUUUGAUAAGUGGAGUGAAUUAAAUUGUCCCAUCAUUUUGCGAUUUGAUUCAAAACUAAAUUUUUUUAAAGUACAUCAUUUGCUCUCGCUUUUAAUAGCAAAGUUUCGAUUUAUUCACAAAGGACAAUUAAAACCACCAUUCAGUACAUUAUCGUCUAUUGAAAACAAAGACUAUUUUAUAAUUUUGCAAUCAAAAGGGAACAAAGUACUUCAAAAAUCUUGUGAUACAGCUACAGGCGAAAUCAACGGGGAAAAUAUUGGUACAACUACAACUGAAAUUCUUGUUGAUAGAAACAAAAGCAAAGAAUUGAAUGAGGAACGAAAAUCCGUAGAUCGCGUGACAAUUUCUCCAUCGUCAUCGAAACGUUCAUUUGCAGCUAUUGACGAACGCGGUGAAGAGGAGGCAGGAAAGAAGAAUAAAAAAUCGAAAACUGAAAAUAGUAACAAUUGUUCAAAGUCUAACGAUAAGGAAAAUUUUGAUCCAAAUGGCGAAGAAAGAAAAAUUGUCAAAAAGAACGAUAAAAUUAAUUCUUCUCAAUCGUAUCUAAUCGAACGUAAUUCGUUUCUUGAAAACGAAAACAAAGAUUUACGGAAACAAUUAAAUUUGUCACUUAAUGAGGUAACGAAUCUGCAAACAAAACUUGAUCAUGUUUCUUUUAAUUUAAAUAAAAAGGAAAAGGUAAUAAAGAAAUUAUUACUUGUUAUUGUUGACUAUGAAGACAUUAAAAUUAAAGACACAGAUUCAUUGUGUGAAAAAAAUAUUUAAGGAGGAAUGGUAUAGAAAUUCAAAACAUUCAGAAUCUUUUGAUAUUUUGGGAAAUGAUUUGCUUUUAUAUAAUAAAGUUACCCACCAAAUUUCAGAAUUUUUCACUAAAUAGUUUAUAAGUUAAAAAUUAUUUAAUUUAACAUUACCUCUUAUGGAGAAAGCACGAAUUUGCAUGUUUAUCAUUAAAAAUUUAAUACUUAAAACAUUCAGAAUUUUUUGCAAAAAUUGUAUCUUGAAGGUCAAGAUUUAAGCUUUAUUAAUCACGAAGGUUCUUUUUUAUUCACUAAGUAGUUUAAAAGUAAUUAAUUA